AUGGUUCGAUCGACUCCCCGCUGGAUCGAUUCAUGGCUGGAAGUAGCUCUCCGAAGAGUUCCUAGCCAGGUUCAUCUCCAAACUAAGAUCCCGAAGGAGCCGAAUACACUGUUCAGCCUCCGGAAGGAGCAGAAGAAAACACUGCGCAGUUAUGCUAGGAGGUACUGGGAAGAGUACAAUGACCUGGAGGAAAAUGUGUGCAACGAGCAGAUGGCCGUUAUGUCUUUCAAACAUGGUCUACGCCCGGAGAGUAAGCUGAGACAAUCACUUACCAAGCACCCGGCCACAGCAUUGAAAGACUUGCGUGCCAGGAUUGAGCAGUACGCUCACCUCAAAGAUGAUCAGAUCCCCAUCGAGGUAGCAUCAGCAGAACAAAUAGCUCGGCACAAGAAGAGAUCAGAUCGAGGAGAACACCGAGGGAUCACAGUGAAUGAAGUGGAUAAGUCCAAAUCCCACGAACCCGUCAUAAUCGUAUUCAAAGAGUCGAUCUAUCGAAUCCUAGAAAAGAUCAAGAAAGAGCCCUUCUUUGUCUGGCCGCCGAAAAUGUUGGGAGAUCCGGCUCGGCGCAAUCAGAAGCUCAGAUGCACCUACCAUCAAGAUAGGGGGCACAUGACUCAGAACUGCAAGGCACUGAAGCAACACCUGGGGGACUUAGUAGCAGCUGGGCACCUCCGGGAUUACAUUGAUCAGGAUAAGGAAGUGACUGAACAGGGGAACCCACCACCAGAACCGAAUAUUGAGCAUCCACCUCGGUUGAUAAUAAAUGUGAUCCAUGGGACAGCGACUCAGGAACCUGAGGAGACACUGAGAGAAGAGAUUGCUAAAGUUGUGCAAAUCCAACAGGUCAUGUCAGUAAAGCCUGCAUCGAAAAAGGUACGCACGGCACCUAAAUCCCCCUUGUGCACUGUUUCAUUUAAUAGAAAUGAUUUAGAAGGCAUACAGCACCCACAUACUGAUGCAUUGAUUAUAACUGUGGAAAUUGGGAAACGGUUUGACGUAAAACGAGUCCUGCUAGAUCAAGGCAGUGCAGCAGACAUAUUGUAUUAUGACUUGUUCAGAAAGUUUGGUCUCUCCGAGCAACACCUCACCCCAGCGGUAGCCUUGUUAGUUGGCUUCAAUUCGCAACUAGAAUGGCCGCUUGGCAAAAUAGUGUUGCCAGUCGUGGCAGGAACAAAAACCCUCCAGAUAGAGUUCCUAGUUAUUAAUACACCAUCCCCUUACAACGCAAUACUUGGCCGUCCAUGGAUUCAUCAAAUGGAGGCGGUCCCUUCAACCUAA